AGAGAUUAAUAGGGAGUAGGCAGGCGCAGUAGCAGACUCCCAUAUCCGCCAGACGGAGACGGACGGUGCCAGCUGCUAGCUAAGUUAGCUAUAGUACACAGUUAGCAACUAGCUUCUGAGUCUUAGCUGCUUUACCACAUAUGAGGGACUGAGCAGGAGUGUAUGUGCGUGUGUGAGUGACAGCGUGUGUGUCGACGCUUUGAACGCCCGCUCGGCCGUCCCGAAGUCACUCCUUGUGUUUGUGUGCACCUGAGAGUGAGUGUGUGUGCAGGAGAGGGAGAGAGAGAGAGAGAGUGAGUGUGUGUGUGUGUAUAUAAACUCCCCUAUCUUCCUUUUCCUGUUCCGAGCAGCAGCGUGCCUGUGAUUGUGUGUGUGAGGUUAGCACGCAGAGAAGCACACAUAAACACACUCUGAUAGUCGACUGUUUACAAUCGGUGUCCGGUUACUUGCCAGCGGAUUCACAUCAUUUACUGACACCGGCACAGCACCAGCAUAAUGCUGAGGUACACUGUAGUCCGAGGAGGCCUUGGCCUGUUGGCUGUGAGGAGGGCGUGUCUUUCCCCCCGCUUCGCCCACUCUGCCCCGAAGAACGAGUAUCGACCAAUCAAGAAAGUCAUGGUGGCCAAUCGAGGUGAAAUCGCCAUCCGUGUGUUCCGAGCCUGCACAGAGCUGGGGAUUCGAACUGUGGCUAUCUACUCUGAGCAGGACACUGGACAAAUGCACAGGCAGAAGGCAGAUGAGGCUUACCUGGUUGGCAAAGGCCUCGCACCUGUUGCAGCAUACCUGGACAUUCCUGACAUCAUCAAAGUAGCCAAGGACAACAAUGUGGAUGCUAUCCAUCCAGGCUAUGGUUUUCUCUCUGAACGGUCAGACUUUGCCCAGGCCUGCGCAGACGCAGGAGUGAUGUUUGUAGGACCAACCCCAGAAACAGUCCGCAAGAUGGGAGACAAGGUGGAGGCUCGUGCCCUGGCCAUCAGUGCAGGUGUACCUGUGGUCCCAGGAACAGAUUCCCCCAUUGCCAGCCUACAGCAGGCGCAGGUGUUCGCCCAAACUUACGGGUUCCCCAUCAUCUUCAAAGCAGCCUACGGAGGAGGAGGUCGCGGCAUGAGGGUGGUCAGAGAGUAUGAGGAACUUGAGGAGAAUUACCAGCGGGCCUACUCUGAAGCCCUGACGGCUUUUGGGAAUGGAGCCCUGUUUGUUGAGAAGUUUAUUGAAAAGCCAAGACACAUUGAAGUACAGAUCCUUGGCGAUAAAUAUGGUAAUGUCAUCCACCUCUACGAGAGAGACUGCUCCAUUCAGCGGAGACACCAAAAGGUUGUAGAGAUUGCUCCGGCUUUCCAACUGGACCCUCAUCUGAGAGCCAGACUUCACGCUGAUGCCGUUAACCUCGCCAAACAGGUGGGCUACGAGAACGCAGGGACUGUGGAGUUCCUGGUCGACAAACAUGGCAAACACUACUUCAUUGAGGUCAACUCUCGACUCCAGGUGGAACACACGGUCACCGAAGAAAUCACUGAUGUGGACCUGGUGCAUGCCCAGCUGCAUGUGUGUGAAGGCCGCAGCCUGCCAGAACUGGGCCUCAAACAAGAUAAGAUCAGGGUGAACGGCUGUGCGAUCCAGUGCAGAGUGACGACUGAAGACCCUGCCAGAGGCUUCCAACCAGACACCGGAAGGAUUGAGGUCUUCCGAAGCGGUGAAGGCAUGGGCAUCCGCCUGGACAGCGCCUCAGCUUUCCAAGGUGCUGUGAUUUCGCCCCAUUAUGACUCCCUGUUGGUGAAAGUCAUCGCCAGUGGAAAGGACCUGCAGACAGCAGCUUCCAAGAUGAGCCGAGCCCUGGCCGAGUUCAGAGUGCGAGGGGUCAAGACCAACAUCCCGUUCCUCCAGAAUGUCUUUAACAACCACCAGUUCCUCCACUCCACCGUGGACACCCAGUUCAUCGACGAGAACCAGGAACUCUUCAACCUCAAACCCACUCAGAACAGAGCCCAGAAACUACUGCACUACCUUGGUCAUGUGAUGGUAAACGGACCAACCACACCUAUCCCAGUCAAGGCUAAGCCUUCCUCCAUAGACCCCGUCAUCCCUACUGUCUCCAUGGCCGACCCACCAGUAGGUUUCCGUGACGUGUUGCUGCGUGACGGUCCUGAGGGAUUUGCUAAGGCUGUCCGUGCACACCAAGGUCUGCUGCUGAUGGAUACCACCUUCAGGGAUGCCCACCAGUCUCUCCUGGCAACUAGGGUUCGGACCCACGACCUGAAGAUGAUCUCACCAUUCGUCAGCCACAACUUCAACAACCUUUACAGCCUGGAGAACUGGGGAGGUGCUACCUUUGAUGUGGCCAUGCGCUUCCUGUCGGAGUGCCCGUGGAAGAGACUCCAGGAGCUGAGAGCUUUGAUCCCAAACGUUCCUUUCCAGAUGCUGCUGAGGGGGGCCAACGCCGUGGGCUACACCAACUACCCUGACAAUGCAGUCUUUAAGUUCUGUGAGGUAGCCAAGGAGAACGGCAUGGACAUCUUCCGCGUGUUUGAUUCCCUGAACUACGUGCCAAACAUGCUGCUGGGCAUGGAGGCUGCUGGAGCAGCAGGUGGCGUAGUAGAGGCUGCCAUCUCGUACACAGGCGACGUCUCUGACCCCAUGAGGCAGAAGUACUCUUUGGAUUAUUAUGUGAAGCUGGCAGACGAGCUUGUCAAAGCAGGAACCCACAUCCUCUGUAUCAAGGAUAUGGCCGGCCUGCUGAAGCCAGAGGCCAGCAAGCUUCUGAUCGGCGCUCUGAGAGACCGUUUCCCGGACAUACCCAUCCAUGUGCACACACACGACACAGCUGGAGCUGGCGUCGCUGCCAUGCUGGCUUGUGCUGAGGCUGGAGCUGACGUCGUGGAUGUGGCUGUUGACUCCAUGGCUGGGAUGACCUCUCAGCCCAGCAUGGGAGCCAUUGUUGCCUGCACCAAGGGGACUAAGCUCGACACCGGCAUUGCUCUGGAGAAGGUGUUUGACUACAGUGAAUAUUGGGAAGUAGCCAGAGGCCUGUAUGCUCCAUUUGACUGCACGGCCACCAUGAAAUCUGGCAACGCUGACGUCUACGAGAACGAGAUACCCGGAGGACAGUACACCAACCUUCACUUCCAGGCUCACAGCAUGGGACUGGGAAAUAAGUUCAAGGAGGUGAAGAAGGCCUAUACCGAAGCCAACAAACUACUAGGAGACCUCAUUAAGGUGACUCCAUCCUCUAAGAUCGUGGGUGACUUGGCCCAGUUCAUGGUGCAGAACAACCUGACCAGGGCAGAAGUGGAGGAGAGUGCAGAUGAAUUGUCCUUCCCCCUGUCUGUGGUCGAGUUCCUGCAGGGAUACAUCGGGAUACCACAUGGAGGAUUCCCAGAGCCGCUCAGAUCUAAGGUGCUGAAGUCCCUGCCCCGUAUCGAGGGUCGUCCCGGCGCCUCUCUGCCACCCAUGGACUUCAAGGCCCUGGAGGAGGGGCUCCGAGCUGCACACGGUGAUGACAUCACCCCUGAGGAUGUGAUGUCAGCAGCCAUGUACCCCAAGGUGUUCCAGGAGUUCAAGGAGUUUACUGCUAACUUUGGUCCAGUGGACUGUCUCAACACCAGGCUGUUCCUGGAUGGACCCAAGAUCGCCGAGGAGUUUGAGGUGGAGCUGGAGAGAGGGAAGAUCCUCCACAUCAAGGCGCUGGCACUGGGUGACCUGAACAAAGCCGGCCAGAGAGAAGUCUUCUUUGAGCUCAACGGACAGCUGAGAUCUGUGCUGGUUAAAGACACUGUCGCCAUGAAGGAAAUGAAGUUCCAUCCCAAGGCACAGAAGUCAAUCAAGGGUCAGGUGGGAGCACCCAUGCCUGGAAAGGUCCUGGAGGUCAAAGUGGAAGUGGGAUCCAAGGUGGAGAAGGGUCAGCCGCUGUGUGUCCUCUCGGCCAUGAAGAUGGAGACCGUGGUCAACUCCCCGAUGGCCGGUACCGUUAAGGCUGUCCAUGUCACGCCCGACUCCUCCCUGGAGGGAGAUGACCUGAUACUGGAAAUCGAGGAAUAGAGUGAGAGGGCGGAGAGAGGGAGGGAAGGGGAGUAGUAGUAGUAGAAGGGAGUUAGAUCAUUUGAUUCUGGAAAUGGCGAGGUUGAGGAACAGGGGGAGAUUGAGAAAGAAAAAAAAGAAGAGGAAAAACAGGAAUUCCUUUGGUUAAAGACAGCUCUUAUCUGUGGCAGUACUAUGAGACAUUUUGGCCCCCAAUUUGUACAUAUUUCAUUUGGUUACACUGGGGAUACAAAAUGAAGCACAGCUCUACACAUAUCCAGACACCUAAAGGGCGUAAAUAGUAGAUAUGACAAUCCUUAAGUAUCUUAAUUCAGUGGGAAUUCCUUAUUGAAUUAUACCACUAAUGAAACUAAAUUAUUCCCUAGGUGUAGUGAUUAGGUCAAAAACAGUAUAUCUCUUAAUGUUCUGUGAAACUUGUGAAAAACAGUUUAGAAAAACAUUAUAUAUUUGAAUUAUGAUACAUUCCAUUACUUAAAUGUUUUAAAUGUGAUGUAUAACAAAAUGAGCUAACCAUGAUGUGUAAGACUAACAGGGUCGUAACAUCUACUUGCAUUAAAUGCCACAAUUUCCAUUUCUAUGCUGUUGGUGUUGCCUAAUAUAUAUUCAAAGUGACUAGGUGAAACUUUAUAUUAAUGACUACUAAAUGUUUUUCCUUUUAAUCAGAGGGCUCAGACUGACAAGGAUAGACUUGAGGAUGUAUUAUCAAAUCACUUUUUCAUACGGGAACAAUGUUUUUCAUUGUUUUGCUGGCUUGCCAUUGCAAGACAUUAUCAAUCUUUGACAUUAGUCACGGUGCAUUUUCAGAAUGUGUAAUCACUGACAGCAUUUAGACACUUUCUUUUUCAUAUGUAAAUAAUUAUCAGUUUUUUUUUGAAAGACAAAGUACACAGGGGCUGAAAGAAAGAAACCACAAUAUUUUCCCCAACCUGCUUUACAUAUGUUGCCACAAAAAAAUCUAUAUUUUCACAGAAAGAGAAGCACAACAAAGCAGGUGGCACAGUUUAAGGUUUAACAGGGGCACAGAUGUACAUGCCAGAAACACCCAGUGUUGCACCAAAGUAAAAAAUGUGUUCUGUUGCUGUAUCAGUAACAGUAGAUGGUUUAUUUUUUGAAAGAUCUGCACUGGUGUUAAAUGUUUUCCCAUUCACACCUGUCUGUUAAAUCCCAAAGCCAUAAGCACGUUGUAGAGACAUUGUUGAAAUGAAGCUGUAGGCCAUGUUGGAAGGAUUACAGAUGUGAUUUUUACAAAGUCCCUCUGUUAUAGUUGAUUUAAAUGCAGCUUUCUUAAUCCAAAGCCAGCUCUACAGUGGCCCACUAAAACCAACUGAGCUCUAUCUGCUGGAUCAUUUUAGAGGUGUAAAGUCACAGAGUCUUAAGGUGGCAUUUGAGCCUUUUCUAGUUUAACAGUGAGUGUGAUGUUGGAAAAGUUGUCAGAGGAGCAGUUCCAGCCUGUCUGUUCAGAACCGGGCAGAUUAUGGUGAAUAGUCUCCUGACUGCAUGGGGAUUUUAAUGCUAGGUGUAAAUGGGAUUACAUGGUGGUGUAAUGGAGGCAUGUGGUGUUAUUUUCUGAGGCUCUGCUGAUUAAUUUAUGAAUUAAUUCUCUGUCAAAUGACGUGAAAUUAGCCGGACUAAUAAGAGACUCUAGAGACUCCCAGUAGCAGCACUCGGCUUUAUAUUUCUAAUGCGUGCAUGCGGGUGUGUGUGUUUGCAUAAAUGAGUCUGUAUGUAAGUAUGUAUGUUCGUGUGUCAGUGCAAAGCAUAUUUGAAGACAGUCAAUCAGUCCCCAUUAUGCUGCACAGAGCAGAAAACACAUUCUAGAUUAAAUUAAAUAUUCAUACACGUACACACACAGUGAUGCAAAAAUACUCCCAGUCCUCAAGUGCUGCCUGCAUCACAAGAAAACCAAAUGCACCUCACGGUACUGUGGCUACACCUCCACACUGUAUCCAAAACAUUUAACAGCAAAGCAGCAACAGAUGAUGGGAGUUAAAACUCUCACAAGAUUCAACUGUGUCUUUACUCAGUUUUCCACCUAUAUCAGAACCUGAAAGUGAUCUAUGCCGAACUGAAUGUUAAGCUAUGCUGACCAGGGGAAGUCGACAGUGAACCAACAGGAAAUCAAAUAAGAUGACAUAUCAGUUACAGUAAGAAAGCAGUGUCACAAACUCCUUGUAAUACAGUGAAGCAUGACGUGUUUGGGACAGCGAGCCAGAAUAGACGCACUACAACUGCUUAUUUUCCUACAACAUCCGUGCAGCCUCGACAGGAAACAUCGAUCGUAACACCAAACUGAAGUUUGUACUUGGCUGAAUCGUUUCCAGGAUUUUUGCUCCAUUACCUCUGAGAACAAGUCCCCUUCUGAUCUAUGCAUCAAUACUGAGCAGCAAUGCUGUCAUUAAUUAGACCACUGAUAUGUCUCCUCACUCUCCCCAGCCCACUCCCAUGCCUCACUGUACAUCCUGGUUUUAUCUGUAUUUGAAAUAAUUUGAAAGAGAUGAAGUGGUGGAAUUGUAUGAAUGAGUGUUUUUGACAAGCUGUCGCACAAUAAUGUAAAGUUCCCUCCUCCUCCUCCUCCUCCUCCUCCUCCUCCUCUCCUUACUGGCUCUCCUUGUUUAUCCACUUUUCCUGCCUCAGCCAUCUAUCCAAUUAUCCAUCCACCUUUUCAUCAUGUUUCCUCUCCAUCCCCCUCUCCCUUUCUCCCAACAGUGUAAAUUUGCACAUGUAAGAUGAUGGCUACAACUCAUGCAAUAAUGUAAACUGUAUCGCAGUGUUUCUCUGUCUAAGCCAGCAGUGAUUCUAACAACCGUGCUUCUGACAAUGUACUACUGUUCAAUGUUUGAGGGGUGAAAAAAAACCCCAGAAUAAAUUGGAGAAAAAGUAGA